AUGGCUUACUCCCUGGUGGUGUGCCCCGCCGCGCCUGGUAGGGUCUUAGUUCGUGGCUACGCCAAGAAGCCGGUGGUCAAGAGCAUCAAAGGCGGAAAAGGAGGUGCAGUUGCUGUGGAGCUGAAGGAUCCGGAAGUGUGCACCGACCCCGUCAAGCUCUCCACACACGCCAUGGGCGUCAACAUCUAUAAGGAAGGUCAGGACGUGGUCCUGAAACCUGACUCUGAGUACCCUGAGUGGCUAUUCCAGAUGAACAUGGGUCCGCCAAAGAAGCUGGAGGAGAUGGAGCCUGACUCCCGAGAGUAUUGGCGGCUGCUGCGCAAGCAGAACAUCUGGCGCCACAACCGCCUGAGCAAGAACAAGAAGUUAUAGCAGAAGGAGAAACCCACCCAUGGCCAGCAGCUGCCAAGACCU